UUUUUUUUCAAUUCAUCACUCUGCAAGUCUAACAGAUUGCGAAACAGGACCGAGGAAGGCGCGUGGCAUCAGCAUCGGCAUUGGCAUCGGCAUCGGCAUCAACAUCCUACCAAAGCCUCAAUCUUUAAAGACAUACUCAGUGCAGUGUGAUAGAUGGCAGUGUCAACAACGACGACCUCGACAUCAGCCGUGUCAGGGACGGGUGCAGCAGGAGGGGCGACUUCCCAGCACUCCCUUCGACAGCUGGUUCGGGAGCAGAUCACAGAGUAUUCAAGGCUGACACAAUCGUUGUUUGCCUCACUGGAUGUCUUGGUCGAGGGCAAGGUCGCACCCGUGCCUCCGAACGAUAUCAUGAAGCAGAUCGUCCAACUGGACGCGACACUCAUGGGUGCUGUUGAGAAGAUUGAGCUGCACCAGAGGCAACAGCAACGGAUCCGACAGGUGCGCGCAGAAAUCGAGGAUCAAAAUCGGGCUAUUAUGGCCGUGAUCCAAAGUCUUAGGGAUGCGAAGCAAGUCCUCGAGACCUGCCUCGAAGACCAGGAUCAGAAACAGGCCAUCACCGCCGAUGCCCGGUCAGCGGAAGUGUCAGUAUCAGAGAUAGUCGCAUACGCGAACCGCCUGAGCAACUAUACCUCUGCACCUCCAAACUUCAACCCCCAAGACCCGAACCAACCUUUCGAACCCCCUUACCCUCGAGAAGUCAGCAUGCGCGCUGGAAUCCUCAACCAACAACAUAUCCCCGCCGCCGCCCUCGUCUCCCUCGACGGAAACAUCAUGCCCGGCACUGCCGGUCAGCCGAUUUCUCCACAAUCUACCACGGGUACCGGUGCCGGUGCUGGUCCUGGUGCUGGUCCUGGCACUGGACCAGGGGAUGCACAGGCAAUUGUGAACGCGGGAACGAACAAUUUACAUCGCCUCGCAAACGGAGCGCAUUUGUUGCCACACGAGUUGGUCGACGAGGACGAGUACGAAUCAGGAUCGAGUUCUGAAGAAGAUGGCUUCUCACUUUACGGAAGGGUCAAGGCUGAAAGUGAUCAACUACAACAGCAGCAACAACAACAGCAGCAGCAGCAACAGGCUCAACAGGAUCAACAACAGCAGCAGCAAGAGGAGGAAGAUGCCGCUGAUAUCUUUGACCUCGAUCUCAAUUAGACACCAUCAUUCUUUCUUGCCACUUGUAAAAUAACUCCCUCGAAAAUGAAAC